AUGAGGCCAGAGGAGCGGGUGACGCUGCGCGCCGUCCGGGAGGAGAUGCGCUUGCGGAAGAAGGGGAUCGCACGCUUCAACAAGAGGUGGCGCUCCUGGGCCCAGAAUCGGGUGCGACAGUUCCGCCUGCCGUUACCCGUGACACUCACGUCGGACACGGCGCUGAUGGAUGCGACCUACAUCACAGCCUGCGUGCAGAAGGCCGCGGCGCUGCGGAAGCACGACGUGAAGCUGUGGUUCGGCUACUCCAAGCGCAUCCUGGAGCUGAGGGGGGAGCUGCAGCCGGACCAGCUCGGCUACAUCAUGUGGGGCUACGGCCACUCGGGAGCAAGCAGCUUCCUGGACGCCAGCUUCUACAGGGAGAUGCUGCCCACCAUCAAGGAGCAGGUGCCCAACUUCCAGUCCCACGCGUUGAUGUCCAUGAUGCUGGGCUGCCAUGAAUUUGUCAGGGCUCAAGGCUCAAGUUAA